GCCUCCCUGCACAUCAACAAAGCAAUUUCUUUUCUGAAAAAUUUUUGCUUUUUAAAGGUUGCCCAUAUAAUUCCCACUCAUUAUCUUUGUUGCUUAAAGCUUGCCUGCCCUCUUCCCUUAUCCUCUAUCCAACAUCAAUUUCUCAAGGGAAUUCCAGCAACCCAAACAGAAGAGAGAAACCAUUAAACUGAAAAACCUCGCUCUUUCCUCUUAGAUUACAGCAGAAGAAGAAAACAUCCCAAAAAGAGGAAAAAGCCAUUAGAGAAACCACAUACUUUCAUGCCAUCAUGGAAGGAGGCGAUGAUCAGCUCCACCACCACCUGCACCACCAUCACCACCGCCCUAACUUCCCAUUCCAAUUACUGGAAAAGAAAGAUGAUGAGCCUUGUUCUUCCAACUCUCCUUAUCCUUCUUCUCUCCCCAUCUCCUCUGCAGCUGAACCAAACAACAGUAAUAACAACAACAGUACUCUAAACCGUUCCUCUUCCAGUCUCCAGAUUGUCCCGGAAUCCUCCAAGAAACCUCCUCCUAAACGAACAUCCACUAAAGACCGACACACGAAGGUCGAUGGACGAGGCCGCAGAAUUCGCAUGCCUGCUCUCUGUGCUGCUAGGGUUUUCCAGCUUACUCGUGAACUGGGUCACAAAUCCGAUGGUGAAACCAUCGAAUGGUUACUUCAACAAGCAGAACCAGCGGUGAUCGCCGCCACAGGCACCGGUACAAUCCCUGCCAAUUUCACCUCCCUUAACAUAUCUCUACGUAGCUCAGGCUCCAGUAUGUCAGUCCCUUCUCAGCUAAGAUCGGCAAGCUUUAAUCCAAACUUUUCAAUGCAACAACGCAGAAGUUUGUUCCCAGGUCUUGGCCUAGAAACCUCACCUACACCAACAUUUCUAAAUUUCCAGUCUAGCAAUUUGAAUGCUAUGCUCCAAGCAAAGCAAGAAUUGCGAGACAGUUCUUCCCUGGAGUUGUCGACGGAGACAGAAGAGAGCUUGAGCAGGAAGAGAAGGCAAGAGCAAGAAUUACCAUCGCAACAGCAUCAGAUGGGUAGCUACUUUUUGCAAUCCAGUACCGGGGCAAUCCCAGCUAGCCAUAAUCAGAUUCCAGCAAAUUUUUGGAUGCUUGCAAAUCCUAACAAUCAAGCUAUGAGUGGAGAUCCUAUAUGGACAUUUCCAUCCGUUAACAACAGUGCUUUGUACAGAGGGACUACGUCUAGUGGUUUGCAUUUUAUGAAUUUUCCUGCCCCUGUGGCCUUGUUACCGAGCCAGCAGUUGGGGUCUAGCAGCAUUAGCGGUGGUGGUGGUAGUGGCGGAAACAGUGGCAUCAGCGAAGGCCAUUUGAAUAUGCUUGCUGGACUAAAUCCAUAUCGGUCUCCCGGGGUGUCGGACUCACAGGCAAGUGGGUCGCACUCACACCACGGCGGUGGUUGCGGCAGUGGCAACGGGGAUGAUCGGCACGACACAACAAGUCAUCACUCAUAGAGCAUCAUGACGAUGACGACGAUCAUCACCCAGUUGUGUUGUUUGAUGUGUAACACACAUGAGGUUUGAUUGUUCUUGAAUUUGAGAUCUGUUUUUCCUUUUUGGUGAAGUAUUCCAAAUUUUUUGUGCGAUUAAUAUGGGAUUUUAGGGUUUGGUUGAGGGAUGACAAUAUUAUUUAACAUGGGUAUUGGCUGGUUUUUGAUAAAAAUUUCUCAUAUGCUUGAUCAUAUAUAAUUAGUACUACACAAUAACUCAUCAUGAUCAUCAUUGUUCGUUUUCUCCUUUCUUUUUCUCUCGUCUCUCUGUCAAAAGCUCUGGUGGUGCUUGUAAUUUACGCGUUAAUUGUGCUGGAAAUUAAAGAAAAGUAUAAGACUCUCCAAGCAGCUAACUGGCAAAUGGAUGAGUUCUCUCUAUAUAUGUUACUGUGGAGGUGAAAGAGCCAUAAAAAGUUGAGUAUUUGUAGUGAAAGAAAGAGAUAAAACAGUGUUACUGCAAUGCAGCAUUUAAAAACUGCAUCCUUUCUUUCUUUCUGAUUCUAAAAUCUCUGCCAUGAAUCUCAAGGUUUACUGCAUCAAUGAUUAAGAUUUUUCAGAGAGAUGGGGGGUAAUAGGACUGUGGGACCCAGACCUUAUCAGUUCCAGGUGUUGGCUCAGGUGGUGGGACCCAAAUGCUGGUCAUUGCCCUAACCAAUGUACAAUGUCACUGACAAACAGGUGGAUCAUUCCUCUCUCUCUCUCUCUCUUUCACUCACGUAUAUAGGGAUGAACGGGAGAUUAGUUGCUUGCUGGCACCGUAGAGAUCGGUGGUGGGUUUUGCUAGACCCAACUCUCACAGAUGAUCUAAUCUAGACCGUUCAUUGAGUGGGCCAAUGUUUUUAUGGGCACAUUGCAUGAUUGGGUCACAGUGAGAAAAAUGUGGAAUCUGAAGUUUCAUUCGAAUAACAUCCCAAGUUGUUACGUAACGUUCUCCCUUCCUACGAUGUCUUAGUUUCAAAUCCUUUCUCUUUUGUUUUUUCAUUUUAAUCUAGUAGUUGGCAGUGUGUUACCUAUGGGUCCUAAUCAGUGAAUCCAUGCGCUUCCUUUAUUUAAUUCCCUUAGGUUUCAUAUUCUUGCUUCACGUGUGAUUUCUACCCAGUUAAAGCUCUUUGGCCAAAAAAAAAAAUGUCAAAUCUUUUUUUUUUUUUAAAAAAAAACAUU